ACCCACUCUUUGCCCUAAAAAUGUGUCACAUCAUUUUAUCACUAUCAAAAGAAACAAAUCUUCCCCCCUUUUUAUUUUUUCAUUUCUCCCAUCGGCGGCCCAUCGGUUUUCUUCCUCCGUCGGCCGCCCCGACCCACGGGAAUCCUCCAAAAAACCCUAAAACCCUUCCUGAUCAUGUAAAUUAAUCCAUUUUUUCCACUAAUCGGAAACCCUAAUCCCCAAAUUAACCAUGGAUUUCGUGGAACUGGAGGCAAUUGAAGGUCUCCGGUGGUCAUGGAAUUCAUGGCCAGUAUCGAAAUCGGAAUCAUCAGCGUUAAUUAUCCCUUUAUCGAUUAUGUGUACACCGUUAAUGAAAUUUAAUGAACUUCCUAUACUUCCUUAUGAUCCUCUUAUAUGUAUUCAAUGUGGAGCUGUGUUGAAUCCUUAUGCUCGUGUCGAUUACCAAUCGAGAAUUUGGAUUUGCCCUUUUUGUUACCGGAAGAAUCCGUUUCCGAAAUCUUAUUUAGGAAUUAAUGAGAAUAAUAUACCUGCCGAGCUUUUUCCGACUUAUAGUACAGUUGAGUAUCAUUUAGGGAAAAAGGGUUUAGCUCAGAAUUCGAAUUCGAGCUCGUUGUUAUCGAAAAUGAAUUCAUUUUCGGGGUUGGAUUGGGCGGGGAAUGGGGUUGGAGGAGGACCGGCGUUUGUGUUUGUUGUGGAUGGUUGUACAUCGAAUGAGGAGUUAAGGGUGGUGAAAAAUGAGCUUCUUCAUGUGAUUGCUCAGUUGCCGGAGAAUGCAUUAGUUGGGUUGGUGGUAUUUGAUUCGAUGGUUAGAGUUUAUGAUCUUGGUUUCGGUGAGUGCUGCCGAGUUGUGAUGUUUCAUGGCGAACGUGAUCUUUCUUCCGAGCAGACCAAGCAACUCCUGGGUAUUCACCACAUGAAGUACCGAGCAGGAAUGGUACAUAUGGCUCCAAAACAGGGAUUCCUGAUUCCACUAUCAGAAGGGGAGUUCAGCAUCACAUCAGCAAUUGAAGAUAUCCAUUCUUCACCGCAGGCUAUGCUAGGGCAUAGACCUUUAAGGGCUACAGGAGUAGCAAUAUCUGUUGCUGUUGGACUACUAGAAGGAUGCUUGGUCUCUGCAGGUUCGCGUAUCAUGAUCUUCACCUCAGGGUCAGCAACAAUCGGCCCAGGGAUGAUUGUAAGCUCUGAUUUUGGCAAUGCCAUUAGGAAUCAGCGAGAUAUUGGUAAUGGUUAUGCACCUUACUACAAAAAGUCCGUUGAAUUCUAUAAGCAGAUAUCGAGAAGAUUGUCUGAUUCAUCCAUUGCUCUUGAUCUCUUUGCUUGUUCAUUGGAUCAAGUUGGAGCAGCUGAGCUUAAAGCUCCAGUUGAAAGUUCAGGGGGGUUCAUGAUGUUAACAGAGUCAUUUGACUCGGACCAGUUCAGAAAGUGUUUGCGUCACAUAUUUAGCCAUGAUGAGGUUGGUAAUUUGAGAAUGUGUCUUGAUGCAACUAUUGAGAUAGUAACGACGAAAGAUGUUAAAAUUUGUGGGGCUCUGGGUUCAUGUGUUUCUCUUCAAAAGAAAAAUGGUUCAGUCAGUGACAGAGAAAUUGGCGAGGGAGGUACCUAUAUGUGGAAAUUGGGAGCGCUUGCUGAUAAAAUGUGUAUUGCCUUCUUUUUUGAAGUAGGGGAUGAACAGAAAGCCCAACCUAGCUCUGCAUUUUUCAUACAGUUCAUAACACAAUAUAGAUAUGGAAGCAUGGGAAUUCGGAAGAGAGUGAUCACUGCUGCAAGAAGGUGGGUUGGGAACCGCUCUCCGGAAAUUGCUGCUGGUUUUGAUCAGGAAGCAGCUGCUUCAGUGAUGGCUAGGCUUGCCAUUCAUAGAGCAGAGAACAAUUUUUCUCAAGAUGUUGUCCGGUGGCUAGAUAAACGUUUGAUACGUUUUGCUUCAAAGUUUGGAGAUUAUGUCCCGGAAGACCCCUCAUCAUUCCGUCUCGCAACUAAUUUAUCCCUUUUCCCACAGUUCAUGUAUUAUCUAAGGAGAUCUCAGUUUAUUGAUGUCUUCAACUGCACACCAGACGAGACUGCUUUUUUCCGGCUGUUGUUGAACCGUGAGGGAGUAGUCGGGUCACUUAUUAUGGUCCAGCCAACUCUUUUUCAGUACUCAUUUGACGGGCCACCUGUCCCCGUUCUCUUAGACAUCUGCUCCGUCUCUCCGGACAUCAUCUUGCUCUUUGACUCCUACUUCUAUGUGGUUAUUCAUUAUGGCUCCAAGAUUGCACAAUGGCGUAAACUUGGCUAUGACAAGGAUCCUAGCCAUGACAGUUUCCGCAAACUGUUGGAAGCUCCCGAGAUUGACGCAGAGCAACUAAUAUCCGAAAGGAUCCCUGUGCCAAAGCUUGUAAAAUGUGACCAGCAUAGUAGUCAGGCUAGAUUUCUACUUGCCAAGUUGAAUCCAUCUGUAACACACAACUCAAAUUACACAGAAGGCACAGAGAUUGUAUUUACUGAAGAACUAAGCCUACAAGUUUUUAUUGAGCACUUGCAAGCUUUAGCAGUGCAGGGUUAAAUUUUUGAGUGUUUUGUAUAGUGUAGUUAUAGAGAAGUGUUGUACAUUAAAACCAAAGUAAAAAUGUUUCUUUGUUAA